CUGGCACAUUUCCUGUCUUCAGCCCCAACGCAGGGGUAUCUGUCUCUUGAAUCUUGCGAGCUCUCCAGGUUGAAGCAUAUAACAGCUUCGAGCCACUACGACUAUCAACUCCAUACUUGAAGCUCCCAGAGCCAUAGGGAGCAGUAAUUGAUAAUUACCGCACGAAAACCACUGCAAAUUCAGAACUCGUUCUCUCAAGCCAUCCUGAAACACCUCAAGUACACAACCGCCAGCCACCAUGCUCUUCGAAGACCUCGCGACCGAGCUGGUCAUUCAGAUACUACUCUUUUGCAGCUCGGUCGACGAUGUGCUUGCGCUGUCAACAACAUGUCGUCGCUUCCAUAACAUCCUGCAUUGCUCCCAACGACUCGCCAUCCUCGAGCACGCCGCCGAGGCCCAAUACGGUCCCUUGCUGGACCUCACCCAGCUGCUCACACACAAUGACAGCCAGCCAGCACACAUCAUCCGAACCGUCCCCUUCUCCCUCGCUCUGCUUAAACAGAUGGUACACGCCGGCCGCAUCGCCGAUAAGUGGUGUGCCAUCUAUCCCUUCAAGAAGUGGAAGCACAACUACGAGUCACGGCGCCUCCUCACCGACGACGAACACUACCGCCUCCGCGCCGCCAUCUACCGAACCUGGCUCUACUCCCGCGCCUUUCACAAUGCCCAGCACCCACGCGAAUCCCGCGUCACACGCCCGAUGAUCCAGAAACGCGCUGCCCUUCUCCACAACUGGACCACCCCUUCCCUCGCCGACAUAGCCGAUUUCGCCGCCGUCCUGCGCGACGUCGUCCAGAACAACAUCUGCCCCUCCAACGGCACCAUCGCGCGCCGCUUCAAGAAACGCCACCCCUCAAACGACCAGUCGCUGCUCUUCAACAUCCAUCUCAACUACCCGCCGCCCGCCCCAGCCCCCGCGCCCCACAACCCCUUCACCAACCAGUCCCCCGCAAACCUCUGGUCGCGCUUCACGACCCCCUACGCCGCGCCCGCGCGCUACGCCUGCCCCGCGGCCAAACUCGCGUCGCACGAUGUCGGCGCCGAGGGCUGGGGCGACGAUAUCAGCCACUACUAUGUCAUCGAGGACUACGUCAAGCUGGAUCCGGAGCAGGUGUUGUGGCUGCGUGAGCAUGCGCCGCUGAAGGGCAUGGUGGAGGGCCAUGUGCGGUUGCUGGGGUCGUGGUUUGAGAACAACGGGGCGACGCUGGGGCAGACGAUUGAUUGGGUGUUGGAUGAGCGGGGGGAGUCGGCAGGGGGGUUUGCGGAGGCGAUUGCAGAGGGGCGGUUGGGCGUUGCGUUGGCGGGGGACAGGGAGGGGAGAGAUGCGCGAUGAUGCUGGGGGAGGGCGUGCGACGCCGCGUUGCUCGAUACACAUAUGAUACAUUUAUAUACCGCCUUGCUCUCCACAGCCUUCACUCCGUCAGUAAUCACUAUCUCGCC